AUGUUACAUUUCGGUUUUGAUCCCUGUAGGCUUUUUGCCUGGGAGAAUCUGACUUUGGAACUUCAGUCUAACUUGAAAGUAAAAAAACUUACAGUCCUCAUUGACCUCGCGACCCGUAAUGUGCUAGUUCAAAAUCACGAGUUAGUGCAGAUCACGGACUUCGGACUCGCAAAGAUGCUAGAACGCCGAGAUGAGGAUCAAGUGGUAGUCUGGUCAGGCAGAGUACCGAUUCGUUGGUUAGCUAUCGAGACUUUGCAGUAUGGCGUCUAUUCGCAUCGUACGGACGUCUGGAGCUACGGUGUUACACUUUGGGAGAUCUUUACCUACGGCCAGCGUCCGUAUGGGAACGUUGACACAAAUGGCAUCAAGGAUUAUGUUAUGAAAGGAGGCCGCCUGACGCAGCCGGAUAUCUGCACUUUGGAUGUCUAUAUGGUCAUGGUGAAAUGUACGUUCAAUUUGACCUAUUUAGAUAUAAAAUAA